AUGGCUUCCAACUCGAAUGGGCGCCCUACUAGCGUGCUAUUUGUGUGCCUAGGAAACAUCUGUCGUUCCCCGAUGGCCGAAGGAGUGUUCCGCAACUUGGCUGCUGCCAACCCCUCCAUUGGUGAGAUAGACUCCGCUGGUACAGCCGCCUACCACAGCCUCGAGCCGCCUGACUCCCGUACUAUGUCUACCCUGCGCCGCCACAAAAUCACCAAUUACGACCAUGCCGCCCGCAAAGUGACAAGGGAAGACUUCCUCACUUUCGAUUACCUGCUCGCUAUGGACAAGGCCAAUCUCCGUGACCUGGAGGAUGUGCGCGAGUCGGUUAUUGCGACACUCCAAAGGAAGACCGACACCAAGCCAAGCUCGAGGAGUACGCGGUCGCAUGUAGAUGCAGCCAUCGGUGCAUACGGGGCGGAUACAAAGGUUGCCGAGGUACGGUUGUUUGGUGAUUUCGGCAAGAAUGGAAAACUGCACGAUCGUGUUGGCGGCGGCGAGGUGGUGAAGGAUCCUUACUAUGGGGGUGCUAAUGGAUUUGAGGAGGUCUAUCAGCAGGCCGUGAGAUUCUCCCAAAAUUUCCUGGACUACUUGGAGCAAAACCGCAUUGACUCGGAGUGA